CACACAUUGUUCUCUCUCGGUCUCAGACAUGGCUGAGGUGAUCAAGCUACAUGGAGCAUGGCCUAGUCCAUUUAGUUGCAGGGUGAUAUGGGCAUUGAAGCUGAAAGGCAUCCCAUAUGAGAACAUAGAGGAAGAUCUUCCGUACCGAAAAAGUCCUGAACUUCUCAAAUACAAUCCAGUCCACAAGAAGAUCCCAGUGCUCGUUCAUGGAGUGAAGCCAAUCUGUGAGUCCAUGAUCAUCAUCGAAUACAUAGAAGAAACAUGGCCAGAAACACCCUUACUGCCCGCUGACCCUUAUGACAGAGCCAUAGCUCGGUUCUGGGUUAAAUUCGCUGACGAUAUGGGUCCUUCAAUUUGGAUGGUCUUCAGAACCACCGGCGAAGAGCAAGAGAAGUUCAAGAAAGAGAGCUUAGAGAUGCUGAAAACCAUUGAGGAGCACGCGGGUACUCUGGGAAAGAAGAAGUUUUUUGGAGGAGACAACAUUGGAAUAGUGGACAUAGCCUUCGGAGGGAUUGCUCAUUGGUUUGGAGUCAUUGAAGACGUGGUUGGUGUGAAGUUGUUUGAAGCCCAAGUAUUUCCCCGCUUGCAUGCAUGGACUGAGAACUUCAAACAAGUGCCUGCAAUCAAAGAUAACCUUCCUGAUCGUGAUAAAUUAGUGGUUUUCUAUAAGCAGAUGAGGGAAAACUUGUUGGCAUCUUCGUGACGCUUGCAUGGAGUUCUGCCAGUGCUUCAACUUGUUUUGGUUGCUUCUUGGUAUUUUAGUGAUAAUCGUGAGAUGCAGUGGUUUAUAAAGAUAGGAGGAUUUGUUUGUAUUCCUAGUUUAUGUUAUCUUCAACUUAGUGAUUCAAAUUGCCUUUUAAGCACAAGCUUUAUCAAACACGUUGAAUCUGAAUUAAUUAUUAUUUCUGACAUGUUAAACCCAUGAACUAAUUCACAGUAUACAAAGCCCAAAGAAGUCAGUAACUAGGAGAAAAACCCUAACCCCCUUUCACACA